AUGAGGUUUCUUAUGAAUUAUCAGAAUUUACCAAAUGAUGAGUCAUUUGAUGACUCGGACUUAUUAGUUUUAAAAUAUGCAACAUUAUUUUAUAAAACCUUUAAGAAGAAAAUUCAAUUUAUUCAAAUUUUAUUCCCUUCUUAUAAACAUCAUUAUGUUGCCAUAAUCUUCUCUUUGUUCUUAUACAUUUUCUUCUUUGGAUAUGACAUAUAUUUCUUUAAUAAAUACAACCCCUUAUUUAUUAGAGAAGAGGUAAUAACACAUAUAGGAAUAAACAGAGACAUUAUCACAAGUCAAUUACAUUUCCACAAAUUCAUAACAGCCACACUAAUUCAUCCUAAUGUUUGGAGUUUGAUAAUUAACACAUAUUACUUAAUUAACCUUGGAAUUGUUAUCGAGAAAAAUUAUGGAAGAAUUAAUACUAUAGCACUCAUGUUAUUUAGCUCGAUAUGUGGAAACUUAUUAAUGUGUGCAACUGCAUAUUGCAAUGAGUCCCAAUUAGGAACAAGUACUAUAUUGUCAGGAAUGAUGGGGCUCUUCUUACAAGAAGUUGUAUCAAACUUUAGAAGAAUUAGUGGAAAAAUCGAAAUCAUAGGGACUUAUUUAUUUACCAUCAUAUCAAUGUAUUUGACAAUAUCCAUGUUCCCACAUAAUGGAAAUAUUAUGGGAAACCUUGGAGGAAUAUUUGGAGGUUAUUGCUACCCUUAUAUUUUUAAUGUGUCUAGAAUGGACAACAGACCAGGAAAUACUGAAAGAUUAGUCUAUACCGCAUUAAUGGGAUUAUUUUGGAUUUCUUUAAUACUUAACCUAAUAUUUAUUAAAUGCUAA